AAUAUACCUCACAAUUUAAAUACUUUAUGCUUAUCAUUAAUAUAAAUGUAUUUCACAUUUUCAGAUCUGAAUGUGAGGUUGGUGAAUGGUGGCAGUCGUUGUGCUGGUAGAGUUGAGGUUCUUCAUGAUGGUCAGUGGGGAACAGUGUGUGGGAAUGACUGGGAUCUGACAGAUGCUGCAGUGGUGUGUAAAGAGCUGCACUGUGGAGAGCCUCUAGUUAUUGUUCACUUUGGAGAAGGAUCAGGACCAAUCUGGAUGGAUAAUGUGCACUGUAAUGGAUCAGAGUCCUCACUGAAGAACUGUACAUCAAGUGGAUGGGGUGUUAAUAACUGUUAUCAUAGUCUUGAUAUUGGGGUCAUCUGCUCAAAUUUGAAUGUGAGGUUGGUGAAUGGUGAUCGUCCUUGUGGUGGUAGAGUUGAGGUUCUUCAUGAUGGUCAAUGGGGAACAGUGUGUGGUAAUGGUUGGGAUCUAACAGAUGCUGCGGUGGUGUGUAGAGAGCUGGACUGUGGAGAUGCUCUGGGUAUUUCUCACUUUGGAUCAGGAUCAGGACCAAUUUGGAUGGAUGAUUUGGACUGUAAUGGAUCAGAAUCCACACUGAUAAACUGUAGAUCGAGAGAGUGGGGUGUUAGUGAUUGUGCUCAUGAUAAAGAUGUUGGAGUUAUUUGCUCAAGUGAGCUUGUCUGCAUAUAUCCUGUAAAUACACAAUGUUAUGCUUAUAAAUGUUAAUUUUAUCAUAAAUAAAUUUUUGCUUAUGUCUUUUUGUCUCUUGUGUCAGAUUUAAGUGUAAGGUUGGUGAAUGCUGAGAGUCCUUGUGCUGGCAACGUGGAGGUUCUUCAUGGUGGUCUGUGGGUUACAUUAUGUGGUCGUGUUUGGGAUAUGAAAGAUGCUGCGGUGGUGUGUAGAGAGAUGGGCUGUGGAGAGCCUCUGGGUAUUGCUCACUUUGGUCAAGGAUCAGGACCAAUAUGGACUGAACGAAUGCAAUGCAAUGGAUCAGAGUCCACACUGAAGAACUGUGGAUCAAGUGGAUCGGCUGUUCAGUAUUGUGGUCAUGAUCAUGAUGCUGGAGUCAUUUGCUCAAUUAAAAUAUCUUCUCAGGUAUGUUAUCAUGGCUUGUAUGUCUCUGUAUUAGAAUUGAAUGUGAGGUUGGUGAAUGGUGGCAGUCCUUGUUCUGGUAGAGUUGAAGUUCUUCAUGAUGGUCAGUGGGGAACAGUGUGUGAUGAUGACUGGGAUCUGAGAGAUGCUGCAGUGGUGUGUAAAGAGGUGAACUGUGGUGAGGCCGUACAGGUGCUUUAUGGGGCUCACUAUGGACCAGGAUCAGGACCAAUCUGGAUGGAUGAAGUGGACUGUAAUGGAUCAGAGCCCACACUGGAGAACUGUAGAUCAAGUGAAUGGGGUGUCAGUGAUUGUGCUCAUGAUAAAGAUGUUGGAGUUAUCUGCUCAGAUUUGAUUGUGAGGUUGGUGAAUGGUAGCAGUCCUUGUGCUGGUAGAGUUGAAGUUCUUCAUGGCCGUCAAUGGGGAACAGUGUGUGACUUUAGUUGGGAUCUGACAGAUGCUGCAGUGGUGUGUAGAGAGCUGGGCUGUGGAGAAGCUGUACAGAUGUUUCAUGGAGCUCACUUUGGAGAAGGAUCAGGACAGAUCUGGAAGGAUUAUAUGCGAUGUGGUGGAUCAGAGUCCACAUUAAAGAAGUGUAGAUCAAAUGAAUGGGGUGUUCACUAUUGUACUCAUAUUCGUGAUGCUGGAGUCAUCUGUUCAGGUGAGCUUUUCUAA